GGUCAAAAUGGUGCUGCGGAGGCUUUUUUAUGUUUUGAUAAAUAACGCUCAAGUGGUGGAGAAGCUCUCGGAGUCUCGACCCAUCAGACGCGCGGCGCAGAUCACGGCCUUUGCCAUCACUAAAGCACAGAUCGCCGGGAAAGAAGCCUCGACCAAGCUGCUCAGAUCCGACACUGUUCGCCAGAUACGCGACGAGACGUCAAAGAUGCCCAGAAAUGUGGAAGAUUUCGGUCGGAGAGCUACUAGACUGCGGGACACGUUUGUGAAGGAGGUGAAAGAGGGCAUGAGAGACGCCAACAGACAGAUAAAAGACAGAAAGUGAAUGACUUAACCUUAUAUUAAUGGCGUUUUACGGUGCCAUUUGUGAAUAUGAGGACAGCGUCAUUAAAGACUCCGUUUAGAAAGUUAAACAUGUAACACUGGAGGUUUAUGGCACUCAAUAAACUAAAUUAAUAUCACUGUAAAGUCUGAAGAGUGCUGGUAAUGAUGCUUGGAAGUGCCUUGUUGUGAAAUAAAUGAAGGAUUUGGGAUUAGUUAUGUCAACUUAUUGACGACAUUAAAUGAAAACAUUUUAAACGUACAAUAAUUUUAUGAUCUCCACGAGGACGAAGCGCGAGAGCUCCAGGUCAAAGCAUGACGUGUAUGUGACAUAAGCAUGAUGUCUGACACAUGAUAUCUUAAGCUUUGUUAAACCAAAGGUAUAAAUAAAAGUAAAUGGAGUUUGUUACUAUAGAAUAAACGGUAUUUCUCACAGUGA